AUGAGCAGAGACGAAGAAUAUGAUUAUCUUUUCAAGGUUGUCCUUAUUGGAGAUUCAGGUGUUGGUAAAACCAAUCUUUUGAGUCGUUUCACUCGCAACGAGUUCAACUUGGAGUCAAAGAGUACUAUUGGUGUAGAGUUUGCUACAAGAAGUAUUCAGGUUGAUAAUAAGGUCAUCAAGGCUCAAAUCUGGGAUACAGCUGGUCAAGAGAGAUACCGUGCCAUCACUAGUGCCUACUAUCGUGGUGCAGUUGGUGCAUUGUUAGUGUAUGACAUCUCCAAGCAUUCUACCUAUGAAAGUGUUGAUCGUUGGUUGAAGGAAUUACGUGAUCAUGCCGACUCCAACAUUGUCAUCAUGCUUGUUGGUAACAAGAGUGAUUUAAGACAUUUGAGAGCUGUACCUACAGAGGAAGCUAAGCAAUUUGCAUCUGAUAAUGGACUUUCAUUCAUCGAAACUUCCGCUUUGGAUGCAACAAAUGUUGAUCAAUCCUUCCAACAAAUUUUGACAGAAAUCUAUCGUAUCGUAUCCAACAAGGCCUUGGAAUCUUCUAAUAACACAAUUAAGCCUACAAGUGGCCAAACUAUCCUUGUUUCUCAAACACCUGACGAACAAGCUAAACAAGGCGGUGGAGGAUGUUGUUAA